CUCCCCCGCCCGUCCUCCUUCCCGUUGAGCUUACCGUUGUCAGUCAGCGUUUGCACCUGAUCUGGACUCUCCGUGAAAUUUCCGAAUAAAAAAAGGUCUAAAAUGGAUGACUUUGACAUGCUUAACGCACCCAAUGGCGGGAACGGCGUCGGCUCGGAGGAGGACCCCGCUGCUGCCUUCUUGGCCCAACAGGAGAGCGAGAUUGCGGGCAUCGAGAACGAUGAAGGCUUCAGCAUCCUGGACAGCGGCGAGGUGCCCUCCUCCCUCGGAGAGUCCGAUGGGGUCAUUAAUGGAGAUCUUCAUGGGGAAAGCAACGGUCCUUCAGAUGCCUACGCAGCAAUUUCCAACGCUGACCGUCUCCAGGCUGAACCUGAAAGUCUGCGCAAGUGGCGAGAGGAGCAAAGAGAGAGGCUGGAGCUGCUUGAUGACAACUCUCGCAAACAGGAAUCUGAGUGGAAGGAGAAGGCCAAGGUGGAGUUGGAGGAAUGGCAUGCUAGGCAGAACGAGCAGCUGGAAAAAACCAAAGCCAACAACAGAGUGCUGGAUGAGGACUUCUACAAACAGCCCUUCUCUGAACUCAUUGGUUAUGUCACACACAUUAACCAUCCUUGCUACCGCCUAGACCAGGCGGCUGAAGAAGCCAUGAUCUCAGACAUGGACGAGAACAACCCCGGCACAGAGUGGGAGCGAGUGGCCCGCCUCUGCGACUUCAACCCCAAGUCCAGCAAGCAGGCGAAAGACGUGUCGCGCAUGCGCUCGGUCCUUAUCUCCCUGAAGCAGUCCCCGCUGGUCCGCUAGGGUUCGCAGCGGCUCCUUCCAUAUCAUGGCCCAUCACCAUACGAUAUCUGAAAAUAGCAGCCUUUCCGUUCAAAUAUCAUUCCAUCACCGCCCCAAAAAAUGUUUGUCCGCUGGAGGAGGUCUUACAUGCUCCUGCUUUACGCUCAUCAAACAUCCCAACUGUUCCAGUCGUUUCAUGAAGUUUUGAAACCUCACUUCCUCCUCCGUCCACAAACUACAGUACAAUCCAGAGCAGGUCUCAUGGUUCGAGGUCCUGUGCAACUCAUGUGAGUGUGUGUGUAUAACGUCUCUACACUAAAAGGGAAAGCGUCGAUGUUUGCACGGGGCUCCAUCAGGCCCCACGACAGUGUUACUGCUGAACAUGCUGUGUGCGAACUCUCGCCCGUCAUUCUCCGUGUGACCCGUGAUGAUUUUAUUCUCUCCUCCUUGUCAUCCAUCAAACAGAGUAUCAUCACAGCGUUUGCAUUUUAAGGACCAAACUCUAAAAGAAAACUUGUGUACCUUGUGUUCUGUGUCUGCUCGUGACAUGUUGUGUUGAAUUUCUCCAACUAUGCAUUUCCUUUUUGACAAAGCCGGUCCACUCCAGGACAAGGCACCGAGCAAAGUCCAGUCAUUACAAGGUUUGUGUCUACGGGUGUGUGUGUGCGUGUCUGUACUCUUGGUGUGUACCUAUGUACAUAUACAGAAGGCGAUUAUAUAAACAGAAUAUAAAAGAUGUAAUUGACAAACGUGGUAUAGAAGAGGUUUAGCCAGCGUUCGCUCGGUCAUGCAUGUUCACUGUCCAUUUGAUUUCAAUGUCAUUAAAAAGUAAAACUCCA